GCGAGGGUUACGUCUUAACUUUCUAGUCCCGCCCUCUCAAAGAUCAAGCAAAGCAAUCAAACGGUACUGAAAUUUAGAUUUUAGAUAAGCAAAAUGAGUGGAGGUGGAGAGAAAGGGUCAGCAACUACAAAGACCCCAGGAGAUUUCCUCAAAUCAAUUCGAGGGCGACCCGUUGUUGUUAAACUGAAUUCUGGAGUUGAUUAUCGAGGUAUUCUCGCGUGUCUGGAUGGGUAUAUGAAUAUAGCAAUGGAGCAAACUGAAGAAUAUGUCAACGGGCAGUUGAAAAAUAAGUAUGGCGACGCUUUCAUCCGCGGAAACAAUGUUCUCUACAUUAGUACAUCAAAGAGGACACUAGCAGAUGGGGCUUAAGUAUUUGAGUUUUUUUUCAAGACAUGUGGAUGAUGAUGAUCUGCAGUCAUGCCUUUUAUGUUUGUAUUGUAAUUUAAGAUAUGAUGAUAUGGAUUUUGGACAUGAGAAUUAGAUAGACCUACUCUAACUUGGACAAAUGAACCUUUUGUCAUCUAUUAUGUGUAAUGCGGUGAGCUAUUGAAUGUUUGAUUUGAAGACA